GCAUUAUCGCGUAAUGCUACAACAUCCGACUGUCUACAGUAAUGAGCUCCUGUUAUUUGAACUCAAGUGGCGUUUAAGCUUAAGCUCAACGUUGGCUUGAGACUCUACCUCAGCAGCUGUCCACUCCAUUUAGCUCCAAGUGGGCGAUGCAACUGUGAAAUCUAUACGAAUUAAACGAGCGGAUUGAGGUAAUUAACAAUAGAAGCCGCAGUUUAUGGACGUAGGUAGCUGACCCCGCGGGCCUGCCCUUACCGGAGUACUGUGAAAGAUGUUCGUCUUUGAUUCGAGGAUGGCCAUUGUGCGUCCGAACCUGCUUCUGGGAGCGGCCGCACAUGAGAACGAUUACGCACUUCUGCGCGAAGCAGGCGUAACGCACAUUUUGCAGGUCGGUUCGGAGCUCCGACCCAGCUUUCACGGACGCUUUCAGUAUUUGCGCAUUCCCCUAGAGGACGCGGAGCAGCAGGACAUCAUCAGCGUGCUGCCGCGCUGCUUUGCCUUCAUUCAAGAAGCGCACCGCCAGGCUGCAGGCAACCCAGACGGCGACGACUCCGCCGUCCCCCAGCCCCAGCCCCCGCCUCCCUCCCUCCCCCAGCCCGUGGUGCUCGUCCACUGCCAGGCUGGCAUGUCCCGCUCCGCCUCCGUGGUGCUGGCCUACCUCAUGUGGGCGGAGCGGCUGCCGUACGGCACCGCCCUGCAGCAGGUGAAGGGCGUGCGGCCCUGCGUCUACCCCAACAUGGGCUUCCUGCUGCAGCUGUGGGAGUGGGAGGCGGGCGGCUGCCAGCUGGGCUGCUGGCCCGGGUGGAACAAGGGCAGGUUCGCGGAGCGGCUGGCGCAGUACCGGCGGGCUCAGGCGCAUGCGGGGCUGCACCCCGCGGUGCGGGUGCCGCUGCCGCUGCUGCCCCUGGAGCAGCUGGAGCCAGCGGGAGCCGCCGCCACUGCCGCCCCUGCAGUCCCAGUCGCCCACCCCAUCCGCACGCCAGCCGCCCCCGCCGCCGUCACCACACCAGCCGCACCGGGCACCCCCAUGGCGCCCACGCCCGCACCCGCUGGUGGUAUGGGUAGCAACACCAGCACCAGCAACACUAGCACCAGCAGCGCUAGCAGCAUCUGUGGCGGUGUUGGCGUGAGGGGCAGGCUGAGGCGUAACGGUGUGAGUCUGGGAGGGGUGGUAGCGGUGGGGCCGGGAGUGAUGGUGGGUCCGGGAGUCAGUGCGGCUGCCACCAUCAUCAGCACGACAACAGCAGCAGCAGGCAGAGCCGCCGUCAGCUGUGCUGCAGCAACGGCUAGUGGUGCGGUGGGGAGGCAGGGAG